AUUUGUCAUUAUUUCGCCAAAAAGCCGCGUGAAGAAAGCUGCCUUGUGAAAAAGUUAAUUUAAUUUAUAAUUAACAUACAAGUAAAAGAAAUUUUUAAUAAAAAUGCAACCACAAAUUUUACUACUAAAGGAAGGUACCGAUACGUCUCAGGGCAAACCCCAAUUGAUAUCCAACAUCAACGCCUGUCAGUCGAUAGUGGAUGCUGUUCGUACAACUUUGGGCCCUCGUGGUAUGGAUAAACUUAUCGUGGAUUCUAAUGGUAAAGCUACAAUAUCCAAUGACGGCGCUACUAUUAUGAAACUAUUGGAUAUUGUGCAUCCAGCUGCUAAGACGUUAGUAGAUAUAGCCAAGUCACAAGACGCUGAGGUUGGUGAUGGCACCACUUCAGUGGUAUUGUUGGCUGGAGAAAUCCUCAAACAACUUAAAGGCUACGUAGAAGAAGGUGUUCAUCCUCGCAUUCUUAUUAAAGCAAUACGGAAGUCACUGCAAUUGUGCAUGGAAAAAAUAAAUGAAAUGGCUGUGCAUAUUGAAAAACAAUCGGAAGGUGAUCAACAGCGCGCUUUGCUAGAAAAAUGUGCUGCCACAGCUUUGUCAUCUAAACUGAUCCAUCAACAGAAAGAGUUCUUUGCCAAGAUGGUUGUAGAUGCUGUCCUGUCCUUGGAUGACUUACUGCCGUUAAAUAUGAUAGGGAUUAAAAAAGUUUCUGGUGGCUCUUUGGAGGAAUCUCAGUUAGUGGCCGGUGUUGCUUUUAAAAAGACAUUUUCGUAUGCCGGCUUUGAAAUGGCUCCAAAGUCAUAUAAUAAUUGCAAAAUUGCUUUGCUCAACAUUGAAUUGGAACUGAAAGCCGAACGGGAUAACGCUGAGAUACGAGUGGAUAAUGUGAAAGAAUAUCAAAAAGUUGUAGAUGCUGAAUGGCAAAUUCUCUACAAAAAAUUGAAUAAGAUACAUGAAUCCGGAGCAAAUGUUGUUCUGUCAAAAUUGCCUAUCGGUGACGUCGCUACUCAAUACUUUGCUGAUCGUGAUAUGUUCUGUGCGGGGCGUGUGCCCGAGGAAGAUCUUAAACGGACAUUGAAAGCUUGUGGCGGCGCUGUUAUGACUACGGCCAAUGAUAUAAACGCUUCAGUUUUAGGACAAUGUGAAUAUUUUGAAGAGCGUCAAAUUGGUAGUGAACGUUUCAAUAUUUUCCAAGGUUGCCCAAAUGCUAGAACAUGUACAUUGAUUUUGCGUGGUGGCGCCGAGCAAUUUUUAGAGGAAACUGAACGAUCUCUACACGAUGCAAUUAUGAUAGUGCGUCGCACGAUUAAACAUGAUUCAGUUGUAGCUGGUGGCGGUGCUAUCGAAAUGCACCUAUCAAAAAUUUUGCGCGACUAUUCUCGUACUAUUGCUGGAAAGGAGCAGUUGCUAAUCGCCGCCAUUGCUAAAGCUUUGGAAGUGAUUCCGCGACAAUUGUGCGAUAACGCCGGUUUUGAUGCUACAAAUAUACUAAACAAGCUACGCCAGAAACAUGCUCAAGGUGGCCAGUGGUAUGGAGUCGACAUUACGAAGGAAGACAUCUCCGAUAAUUUCCGAGAAUGCGUUUGGGAACCAUCCAUAAUUAAAAUUAAUGCUUUAACUGCUGCCGCUGAAGCUGCUUGCAUGAUACUGUCUGUAGAUGAGACCAUUAAAGGUCCGAAAGCUGGCGACGCUCCGAGUGCCGGUGGUCCUAUGGGACGUGGUAUCGGUAGACCUAUGUAAAAUUUGUUUGCCUUUCCUUUUUUCAUCUACAAUUCGUCUAAUUAAAUACGAUUUUUAGUAAUCGCAGACUUUUCAUUUUUCAUUAAUUUUACCAUAAUUACGAAUAAAUUUUUACAAAUAAUGU